AACGGCACUAGUUUCUCGGUCGGGAUUAGCGAGAGAAAGAAACAACCCGCCGCAUUCCAACAGUUAUAAACGUUAGCUUGUAUGCUAACUCCAACUAGCUAGUUUUUUUUUUUUUUUUUUUAUUUUUUGUUGGUUCCGGGGUUUCUUGGCGUUUUUUUGUUGUUUAAAAAAAACAGUCAAAAAAAAAAACGCCUGAAUUCGAACCACAAGUCUGCACCACAUGAAACCGUCCGACCGAAUCAGUUUUAUUAGCCUUUUAGUGGCAGUUAAGAAGAUAUUGCCCCCUGUGUCUAUCUUGUGUUUGCCAGUUGAGUAAAUGCAGGCGGCAGAUUCGGUACAAAAAUGCUUUAGGCAGGGGGGGUUUAGCGACGCUGAAUUACCACCACGCCGGAAAGAAACACACGUACGAAUGCUAACGUCGUUAUUUGUGAUUUUUAUUUUUUUCCCCCAUUUUUUUUUCACAAGUCACCUGCAGCGUUAAACGAGCGCUGGAAACAGCAGCGAGUUUGUGUCGAAAGUGCGGCUAGCUUCGGAGGUGGGCAAGCCUAGCGGUGUAUUGUGGGAGAGACAGCAGCUACAGACCAGAGGCACACAAUAUGUGUUGGCUCUCGCCGAAAAGGAGGCAGUAUUCUUCAAGCUAAAUCAUGUAAUGUAAGCGGCGAAAGGAAAGCGAUUUCGUCUUUUCAUCAAUUGGAAAAAAAAACACACACGCUCGAUCGGACGAACCAUGUCCAAGCCAGGAGAGAGGAACAGAUUGAACGAAGACCAUGGCAGAAAGCAGAGUUCAAGUUUGGCGAACGGCAUGGACAGUCAUCCCGUCUGCGGCUCGGCGGAGAAGCGGAGUCACCACUGGAGAAGUUACAAGUUGAUAAUCGACCCGGCGCUCAAGAAGGGAUCCCACAAACUGUACCGCUACGAUGGACAGACUUUCAGCAUGCCCAACCCCGGGAUACCUCCGGUGGACAUCGUCCGGGACCCGCGGAUCGGUCGACUCUGGACUAAGUACAAAGAGACGGACCUACCGGUGCCCAAGUUUAAGAUCGAUGAGUGUUACAUCGGCCCCGUGCCUCCAAAGGAGGUGACAUUCGCCCGACUCAACGACAACAUCAGGGAAGGAUUUCUUACCGACAUGUGCAAAAAAUUCGGGGAGAUCGAGGAGGUGGAGAUCCUGUACAAUCCGAAGAACAAAAAGCACCUGGGAAUAGCUAAAGUUGUUUUCGAGACCGUGAAAGCCGCCAAAGUGGCCGUGCAGUCGCUCCACAACACGUCUGUUAUGGGAAACAUCAUCCACGUGGAGCUGGACCCGAAAGGUGAGAAUCGCCUCAGGUACUUCCAGCUCCUGAUGAAUGGCAGCUACACUCCGAGGACCCUGCCUGUUGGUGGAGAGGAAGCCAGAGAAGUUUCCCCUCGGAGCCUGGCAGAAGCCUUGCUGGCCUGCGAGCCCAUCCGCAGGUUGUCCGAGAGCAGCGUGGCUACCGUGGGUGGGACGUUGCCGCCGAGCAGCUCCAGCACUCCCCUCACCCUGGAGACGGGCUACUCCAGCCUAAGGCAGGACACGCCUCAGUCCCAGGGAACCCCUCAUACGCCACGCCAAACAGGUACUCCCUUCUCGCAAGACUCCAAUUACUCCAGCCGGCAGUCCACGCCUGCGUACCAGCCCAACCGUCCUGAGAGCUCCGGAGGUUACAAAUCUCGCAGACACGAGAGUAAGUUCCAGGAUGCGUACAACCGCAGACCGGACAGGCCUCAGUAUCGCAUCCCCAUGUAUCGGGGUACGUCGGAGCAAGCUGCUUUCAAACAGCACCAGCUCACGCCGCCCGAACCUCCGCCUUCCACUACUUCUUUCACCUACACGGCGCCUCCCCCCGCUACACCCAACUUCAAACCCGCCUUCUCGCCCUACCAAGCCCCUUUGCCCCCAGCGUUCCCCCCAUCGGAGCCAGCUUUCCAUCACCCAGCCCAAAGGGAGGGUGAGUACCUCCGGCCACCGCAGCCGCCUCUGGCUGCCGCCACUGACUUUAUGCCGGUCAAGGAGAGACCAGAAACUCCUCCGAUCCCAGAACCCCCGCCUGAGCCCUUGCCCCAUCCGAGUACCCCUCCUCCUCAAACGCCAGAGCACUGCCCCUCACCUGGUUCCCCCGUGCUGGAUCCAGAGCGCAAUAGCCUGGAUUCCCGCAUCGAGAUGCUCCUCAAGGAGAAAAGGACAAAACUGCUGCCGUUCCUGGAGGAGCGGGACUCGGACACUGAGGUGCAUAUGGAGGGAAGUCCCAUUUCCUCCUCCUCCUCUCAGCUAUCCCCAAUUCCCCCUUUCACGAGCGGCUCCCAAGGUGGCCAGCAAAAUUCCCGUCCCUCGAGCACAGGCUUGGAGGACAUCAGCCCGACCCCACUGCCAGACUCGGAAGAUGAAGAACCAAUUCCCGGAACUGCCUCCUCGAUCAAGAGAAUCAGCUCUCCUGGUCACGACAAGAUGAGCAACAGUGACCUCAAAGAUGGACCUUUUCGAGGCCACACUCCCACUGAUAAAAUGGACACGGGUCAUCAGUCAUCAGGGGAGGACAUGGAAAUCUCUGACGAUGAGAUGCCCGGGACUCCGAUCACCGGCGGGGAGUGUGGCAAAGGCAUCGUUGUCAACUCGGCAGUGUCCCCGAUGCAGACCAUGUCCAUCCAUCCCGCCGGCUACCACCCCCUGCAGCACCAAGCCGGCUUUGCGAUCGCACAUCACCACCUGGCCCCUCACUCCGCCGUCCCGGGACACCCUGCUCACCUGGCCGCCCAUCCUGGAGUGCCUCCCCACAUGCUGCCACACAUGGGUCCCUACCCGCACAGCAUGAUGCCGCUGGUGCAGAUGGAGCUGAUGAACUGCUUGCGGUGGGAACAGUGGAGCACGGUUCCGAUGUCCUUCCAGAUGCAGCAGCAGAUGCUGAGUCGCAUGGCUCAGACCAGAGGGCCCUAUCCUUACCCGCAUUUUAUGGACAGUGCGGCAUCUGGGCCCUUUGGGGGACCUUACGCACCUCUUUCCAUGGGUGCUACACCCGCGAGCAACACGGGAGCACCCGGACAGCAAUGGCAGCAUCCCAGUUUACCAAAGUUCAACCCCACUGUUCCUCCUCCCGGAUACGAGACUAAAAAGGAGGAUCCCCACAAGGCCACCGUCGAUGGAGUGCUGCUGGUCAUCGUCAAAGAGCUGAAGGCCAUCAUGAAGAGGGACCUCAACCGCAAAAUGGUGGAGGUGGUGGCUUUCAGGGCUUUCGACGACUGGUGGGAUAAGAAGGAGCGCUCGGCGAAGGCCUCUUUGACUCCAGUUAAAGGUGCCGAGGGGAAAGAGGAAGAAAGACCCAAACCCAAAGAGACGAUGGGUUCAAGUCUGCUGGAGAACUGGAACAAGGGCGAAGGACUCGGCUACGAAGGAAUGGGCCUGGGAAUCGGUUUACGAGGAGCCAUCCGGUUACCGUCCUUCAAGGUGAAAAGGAAGGACCCACCUGAGGCUGCAUCAGCUGGCGACAACAAACGGGCCCGACCCUCCACUCCAGUGGAUGACGAGCUGGAGGACGAAGACCGGGAUCGAGAUCCAGCCGAGCUCCCCUCAGACGAUUCCAAAUUGGACGGCGACGGCACCGCAGCCAAGCGAAGACACUCGCGACCGCUGGAGCUGGACAGCGAGGGAGAGGAGGAGCUGGACACCUCAGGGAAGGAGGAGGAGUCGUUGUCGGACAGGGAGGAGGAGCCUGAUGAAGCGGUGGCGACAGACAGACUGUCGUCAGGCAAGGAGAGCGCCGAUGAUGAAGACGAGGGAGGCUCAUCCAGCGACAGCGCUUCCUCAGAUUCAUCUGAUGAUGAAGCCGAGAGUUCGUCUUCCUCCAAAGCCAGCUCGGACUCCUCAUCAGAAAGCGAAGACUCCUCUGAGUACGAGUUGAGCUCUGAAGAGGAGGACGACAAGGAGACGGCCACAGAAGAUCUGGAGGGUGGUAGCAAAGCGGCCGAGACCUCCUCGUCUUCUUCGUCGUCCUCAUCGUCAUCUUCUGAUGAGGAGGAGGGGGAGGCGGACACCAAGCCACCAAGCCCCCUGGCAGCACCAGUCCCAGAGGUUAAAGAAGAGCAGAGAGGCAGGGAGGAGCUGAGCAGCAAGCCCAAACACAGACCUCCCAGUCCUAAGGAGGAGGCAGCGGAGGACGUGAAGCCGCCGUCACCAAAAGGCAUCCCAGUUACAGACGUAGGCACCGUUCCUGUGGUAAAGUCGGAGCCUCAGGAGCAUGUAGCGAAUCUUCGGCCGCCUACUCCCACCGGCGCCCUGCCCGACAGCGACCAGGAGACAAAACCCAAAGGUAAAGCAGAGCCUGAAGAAGUAGCCUGCACCCCUGGUCGAUUAGCCCCGUCCCAGGUAGAUCCAAACACACCUGUCCCCAAGUCCGCCUCCGCAUCUUUAAUGCACCUCCCUCUCCCUCCUCACCCGGCGGUAGAAGGCCGUUCCCUCCUCCAUCCACCCCCCGGUCCUCUGCCUGACUUCCCUCAGCGGCCCAGGCUCCCCACGGACGAGGACAUCCCCCGCACGCCGGGCAGGGACCUGAUGGAGCGUGCCCGGAGUCUGGGUAAAUCCCAGAGCACCGACACAGUGCCCAUCACCCCUGGUGGCGACGCCCCGCUAACGGGCAGUAGUCUGUUGCUCAGCUCCCCUCACAUCCCUGGUAGUCCCUUUUCCUACCCCGCACAGUCCCCUGUCCUUAGCGCCGGAGUCCCCCGUACUCCAGGAAGAGACUUAACAUUCACCCCUGUCUUCCCCGACCCCUCAGCACUGACACUUAAUAGAAAAGUAUCUUCUGAGAGCUUGGACGAUAGACCAGUUUUUAAGGAGCCGCCCAUCAGCGCUCUGCCUAACCAGGCGCUGUCAGCCGGCACAGAACGCUCAGCCAGCGUCCCUGAAGAUCUACCUUCUGGUCUCUCUGUAGACGUCCCGGUGCCAUCAGACACAACACCGUCAAAGAGGAAACCUGGACGACCUAAAGGCAAAAAGACCCCGGCUGUCUCUGUGACCGAUGAGUCUUUGGAGCUUUCAUCUGAGCCCACUCCGCUGCCUCAUGAAACACAUCUCGGCGAUCUGUCCGUGCAGACGAUAUCUGCCAAAUCCCCCAAACACCCGAGCCUGGACUUCCGGGAAGGAGAGGGGGAGCCUCAGACGGAGCUGCCUGCCGACGACGACUUCUUGUCCUACGAAGAUGAGGCGCCUGUGGCCGUGAAGCCAGCUCGGAGGACGCGGCGAGGCUGGGAGGAGCUGCUGCUGGACAGCUUGUCGCCCGUCACCACGCCUCCCCGGCCGUACUUCACCCCGCGCUCCGAGUUUGAGGAGAUGACCAUCCUGUAUGACAUCUGGAACGAAGGCAUCGAUGACGAGGACAUUCGGCUCCUGCAGAUCACUUACGACAAAAUGCUGCAGCAGGAUAACGGCAACGACUGGCUCAACGACACGCUCUGGGUCAACCACCCUCCUACCAACAUCCCUGGAGUGAAGAAGAAGAGGCGAGACGAUGGCAUGAGGGAUCACAUGACCGGCUGUGCGCGAAGCGAGGGAUACUACAAGAUCGACAAGAAGGACAAGAUCAAGUACCUCCAGAGUACACGGCUGCAGUCGGAGGAGCCGCCAGUCGACACACAGGGCAUGAGCAUUCCUGCACAGGUCCACGCCUCUACCAGAGCUGGCUCGGAGCGGCGGUCGGAGCAGCGACGUCUGCAGUUCUCUUUUGCGUGUGACAGCGACCUGCUGAAGUUCAACCAGCUGAAGUUCCGUAAGAAGAAGAUCCGAUUCUGCAAAUCUCACAUCCACGACUGGGGUCUGUUUGCCAUGGAGCCUAUUGCUGCUGAUGAGAUGGUGAUCGAGUACGUGGGACAGAACAUCCGACAGGUGAUCGCGGACAUGCGGGAGAAGCGCUACGAAGAGGAGGGCAUCGGCAGCAGCUACAUGUUCCGCGUCGACCACGACACCAUCAUAGACGCGACCAAGUGUGGCAACUUCGCCCGAUUCAUCAACCACAGCUGCAACCCCAACUGUUAUGCGAAAGUCAUCACGGUGGAGUCCCAGAAGAAGAUCGUGAUCUACUCCAGGCAGCCCAUCAACGUCAACGAGGAGAUCACGUACGACUACAAGUUCCCCAUCGAGGACGAGAAGAUCCCCUGUUUGUGCGGGGCGGAGAACUGUAGGGGAACGCUGAAUUAACGUCCAGCGGGAGGUCAGAAGAAUCCCCCCCAAACGUUUCUUUUAAGUUGCUCAGACACCAUGUUAGAACCCUGGACGAGGAGGAACUGAUGAAGGAAGUUUUUUUUUUUUUUUUUAAAUCUCGGAGCGAGGAGCAGAAUCCGGCAAGUCCCCCCCUGGAGGAGAGUUCAGCUGCUGAGCUCUUCCCGUAUUUAACUCUAGAUUGUUUACGAUUUAUGGUGCUCUUAACAUUAAAAAAAACAACAAAAACACAUAAUUUUUCUUUAUGUGUAAACACU